GUUUGGUGUACCUAGUAUAACUCGCUUACCUCUGUUAGGUGUACCUAGUAUAACUCGUUUUUGUAGUACAUACUCAGCUGCUCUGCGACUUAAAUUACGAUAGGAAGCACUACAAUUGGCUAUUUCUGGUACAUAUGAACAUACACCACUAUACUGAUACACAAGCACGCAUAUCAUUAUACUAGUAUAUAUAUAAAUAAACACAAAUUUCACACCAUCCCACAUAGCACACAUCAUGGAUAGACGGGUCAGCUACGAUACACUGUCGAGCAGUUUCGACCGGCAACUCACUCAGGCACUCCGGCUGGGCCAAAUCGAUGAGUACAGCUUUAAUAGGAAGGAUGCAGUAAGACACACUGACUCUGAUACUCCAGUAGCUGUAGACUUCUCAACGGUUGCUAAGCGUUUUUAUGAGAUGCAACGAAACCGGUUAUUAGAGAUUUCUAACCCACAUCUCCUUGGACUGCCGAGUGAUUUCCUGUACCAUAUUGGGUAUAGCUCACAUGACGACUUGGCGGACAAGUUUAGUGACAUCAAG